AUUUUUUUCGUUAUUUUCGAUCAAAACCCUUACUCUCGUGGAACCGAAGAAACCCUAGCUCUCGUCCCGUCCCUUACGGUGAAAAAAAAAGCUGAAAUUUCAACAAUUAUCGAAAAUUAAAUUCGAAAAUUGGGGAAUUACAUUAGGGUUUCAAAUCAGGAGGUCAGGAAUCGAACCCUAGUUGAUCCUUCGCGUUCAUGAUUUUCUCAAUUCGUUCGGAGAACCGAUGAUUCGUCGUAUUACGGUUAAGAUCUGAAAACUGUGUAGGGGCAUGUAUGAUGGAAUGUGAAAAUUGGGUUUUCUCGGUUUGGGUGCUUGGAUUGAGGGAUUGUUGAUGGAAAAUAGAAUAGAGAACUCACAUGGCACUGAAAUUCCCAGGAAAUCGAGAUCUUUGGAUCUUAAGAGUUUGUACAAAUCCAGGACUACAAAAGAGGUCCCAACCAAGAGCUUGAAGAGAAAAGGUAGUGCAGAGGAUGGUGAUGAGAACAGGGACAAGAAAAAGAAGAGUAGGAAAGAGGUGUCUCUCAGUAGUUUGAAGAAUGUUAAUACUAGUAGCAAGAAGAGUUUAGAUAAAGUGUAUCAUAGUGAGUUGAAUUCUGGUUUACAUGAUCAGGAGGCGGUGAAAUGUGGGUCGAGCCAGAUAUUGGAUAGCAGUAGUGGGUUUAAUGGCGUUUCAUCACUUAGUUUGGGUAAUAAUGUUAUUCAAAUCCCUAGGCGUAAGCGGGGUUUUGUGGGCCGAAAGAAAUUUGAAGGUGGUCAGUUACUGAAGCUGCCAGAUCAGUCUGCUGGUAAAGUAGGUCUUGUUGAUCAGAAUCAUCAGAUAGCUAAGUUAAAUGUUGAUGAUUUAGGGACUCAAGAUGAGUCGUUGAAUGUUAAAAGAGAGAAGGGUCUUGAUGAUUUUAAGGAAAACAUAGAAAGUGAGUUGAAUUCAGCACCACAUGCUGAUAAGGAAGUUGUUCAUACAAGUCACUCGGUUGUAAGCAAUGGGGAUUCAUCUUUGAAAAAGUCACGGAGGAAUCGUAGGAAUAGGAAGGAUUUGGCACAUGAUAGUAAAAUUGCUGCAAAGGAAGCUGAGCCUUUGGUCCAUAGUUCUACAAAAACAUGCUAUGAUUCACAAGAAGACAAUGAGGAGAAUCGGAGGAAUCAUAGGAAAAGGAAGGAUUUGGCACGUGAUAGUAAAAUUGCUGCAAAGGAAGCUGAGCCUUUGGUCCAUAGUUCUACAAAAACAUGCCAUGAUUCACAAGAAGACAAUGAGGAGAAUCGGAGGAAUCGUAGGAAAAGGAAGGAUUUGGCACGUGAUAGUAAAAUUGCUGCAAAGGAAGCUGAGCCUUUGGUUGAUAGUUCUACAAAAACAUGCCAUGAUUCACAAGAAGACAAUGAGGAGAAUCGGAGGAGUCGCAGGAAGAGGAAGGAUUUAGCACGUGGUAGUAAAAGUGCUGCAAAGGAAGCUGAUCCAUUGGUUGAUAGUUCUACAAAAAGUUGCCAUGAUUUACAAGAGGACGAUGAGGAGAAUCUUGAAGAGAAUGCAGCAAGGAUGCUUUCAUCAAGGUUUGAUCCAAGCUGUACUGGGUUUUCUUCAAACAACAAGGCUUCUGCAUUGGAAUCUGCGAACGGAUUGUCUUUUCUGCUAUCUUCUGGUCAGGAUUUUGAUAGUCGUAGGUCAAAGUCUAUUUCUGAGUCAGAAUCCCCUUCGGUUGAUAAUUCUGGUAGAGUAUUGAGGCCGAGGAAACAGCACAAAGAAAAGGGACAUUCGCGGAAAAGGCGCCAUUUCUAUGAAGUUUUUUUGGGGAACUUGGAUGCUUACUGGGUAUUGAACCGGAGAAUCAAAGUCUUCUGGCCCUUGGACCAAAGUUGGUACUAUGGCCUUGUGAAUGACUAUGACAAGGAAAAAAAACUUCAUCAUGUUAAAUACGAUGACCGUGAUGAAGAAUGGAUUGACCUUCAAAAUGAGAGGUUCAAGCUCUUGCUACUUCCUAGUGAAGUUCCUGGUAAGAUAGAACGGAAAAAAUCAACGCAGCGGAAUAGAAGUUCUGAUGAGAGAAAAGGAAACUUGAAACCCAGAAAAGAAAAGAAAAAGAGAGAGCUGACUUCGGAGGAUGAUAGCUGCAUAGGCAGCUAUAUGGACACUGAACCCAUUAUUUCAUGGUUGGCGCGAUCUAAUCGUCGGGUCAAGUCUCCUUCCUGUGCUGUAAAGAAGCAAAAAACAUCAGGUCUAUCUUUAAAGUCACCAUUGUCUGAUGAAGAUGUCCUGUUACAUGGAUCUCUGGGUGAUGGUUCAUUUAGAAGGGAUAAAAUUAGAAUUUCUCAUAAUUCUGGCAGAUCAUCUGAUGUUUUGAGGCUAGAAAAGCCUACCUCACAAGGCAGCAUUUGCCCCAGAGAUAGCAAAAUGCCUAUUGUUUAUUUUCGGAGGCGGCGCAAAACUGGGUCUGUAUUGUCUCACACAUCCAAGGGCAAUGAUGCCUAUGUGAGUGAACUUGGUUCUAUUACUUCUUUUGUUCCUGUUAAGGAGAUUGGGGAUUUGGAAGAGCCAUAUGAUUUUGUGAGAAGGUUGGAUGCCAAUGGGCCAUUGUGGUAUAUUGAUGAUGCAGGGUUGCUAAAGUUGACUCUUCCUCGGACAGAAGCAGGGAAAGUUACUUUUGAGUUAGGCGUUCCGAUGCAUUCAAUUAUUAAUGAUUCUUUUGGAGUAGAAUUUUCGUUGUUUCAUGCUGCAAUGCUGCAUCGGUAUGGUACAGUGGUGAUCACAUGGCCAAAGGUUUAUUUGGAGAUGCUUUUUGUUGAUAAUGUAGUUGGGCUGAGGUUUCUCUUGUUUGAAGGUUGCUUGGAGCAGGCUGUGGCCUUUGUUUUUCUCGUCCUGGCAUUAUUUCAUCACCCUAUUGAACAGGGGAUGUUUCUGGAUUUCCAGUUACCAGUAACUUCAAUCAGGUUCAAAUUCUCUUGUGUUCAGCUUCUUCGGAAGCAACUUGUGUUUGCAGUCUACAACUUCUCUCAAGUGAAAAAGUCAAAGUGGAAGUACCUAGACUCAAAAGUUAGGAGCCAUUGUUUGCUCACCAAGAAACUGCCUCUGUCUGAAUGCACCUAUGAUAGUAUUCAAGCACUUCAAAAUGGAACAAAUCAGUCACCUUUUAUGUCUCUUUGCGGGCAUCCCUCCUCUGUCAAGGGUACACGGAGGAGGUCCAGGCAGGGCAUUAACUUCAUGGGUAGUUCCAGGGAAUCUACUUUUGUAAAUAUCAGUCAUUCUACUUCUCAUUCUGAUCAGCUUCCCAGAAAACUUCCUCCACUCGCCCUAUCUUUUACUGCUGCACCUACUUUCUUCCUUAGUUUGCAUCUUAAGCUGCUUAUGGAACAUUGUGUUGCUAAUAUAUGCUUUCGGGACCCUGAUUCAGUGGAGCUUCUAGGAAACUCUGGCAGUAUGUUGGCAGUUGACUCUUCUAGUGUGGAGGACUUUUGUAACAGAGGUUCAAAAAUUACUCAGGAGAACAAUUUAAAGGCUCCACCAGGUAAUGCUACUUCUGAUCACUCCUUUUCCAAACCAGAAACAGAAACUGCUCUUGCUGUAUGCAAUGGAGGUUGGACAAAGUCUUCUCAGCAUUACCAAAAUGGUGUUCUUAGUGUUGCUGGAUCCUCCACUGGUACUGAGGUCCCUGAAAAGACUGGAACUGAUGCAGUUGUCCACCAUCCAGAGUCAGAUCAAUGUUCUUUAUCACCAAAGCAUUUGGUUGGCAAAGAGAAGUCUGACACUGAUUCCCAGUCUUUUUUGAAUGGUCUCACUGUUGAGAUCCCAUCAUUUGACCGAUUUGAGAAGCCUGUGGAUGGGGAGGUGCAAAGUGCUCAACAGCCUACAGAUUGUUCUUGGACUAUGAGUGGUAGCAUUAUCCCUAGCCCUAAUCCCACGGCUCCUAGAAGUACAUGGCACCGAAGUAGAAAUAGUUCAUCAUCAUUUGGUUACCUCUCACAUGGUUGGUCUGAUGGAAAGGCUGACCUUUUCCAUAAUGGUUUUGGCAAUGGACCAAAGAAGCCCCGAACUCAGGUCUCAUACACAUUGCCUUACGGAGGUUUUGAUUUUAGCUCGAAGCAAAGAAACCUUCAGAAAGGGAUUCCUCCUAAACGAAUUAGGAGGGCUAAUGAGAAGAGGUUAUCAGACGUUUCUAGAGGUUCCCAAAGAAACUUGGAGCAGUUAUCAUGUGAAGCAAAUGUGUUAAUCAAUGGCAGUGACAGAGGGUGGAGGGAAUGUGGGGCACAUAUAGUAUUAGAGCUUUUUGAUCAUAAUGAGUGGAAGCUUGCUGUGAAAAUAUCAGGGACUACAAAGUAUUCAUACAAGGCACAUCAAUUUUUGCAGCCUGGGUCGACAAACCGCUAUACUCAUGCUAUGAUGUGGAAGGGAGGAAAGGAUUGGAUCUUGGAGUUUCCAGAUAGGAGCCAGUGGGCACUUUUCAGGGAGAUGCAUGAAGAGUGUUACAAUCGGAAUAUUCGUUCUGCUUUGGUAAAAAACAUUCCUAUUCCUGGUGUCCGCUUAAUUGAAGAAAGUGAUGAUCAUGGAGCAGAAAUAUCGUUUCUUCGCAGUUCUAUGAAGUAUUUCCGGCAGACAGAAACAGAUGUUGAGAUGGCUUUGGAUCCAUCUCGGGUCUUGUAUGACAUGGAUAGUGAUGAUGAGCAGUGGAUCAUGAAGUUUCAAAAUUCUUCAGAAGUUGACAACAGUAGCUCUAUAGAGAUCGACGAGGAGAUGUUCGAGAAGACAAUGGACAUGUUUGAGAAGGCUGCGUAUGCUCAACAGUGUGAUCAGUUCACAUAUGAAGAAAUAGAAGAGUUCAUGGCUGUAGUUGGUCCCAUGGAUGCGAUUAAAACCAUUUACGAGCAUUGGCGAGGGAAAAGGCUAACGAAGGGAAUGCCUUUAAUCCGACAUCUCCAGCCAUCUGCAUGGGAAAGGUAUCAACAACAAGUGAGAGAAUGGGAGCAAGCUAUGAUAAAAACCAAUACCAUCCUCCCCAAUGGAUGCCACGAGAAAGGUGCAUCAGUUGAGAAGCCACCAAUGUUUGCUUUUUGUCUGAAACCACGGGGCCUGGAAGUUCCCAACAAGGGAUCAAAACAACGGUCACAGAAGAGAUUUUCAGUUUCUGGACAUAGCAGUGGCAUGUUAGGAGAUCAGGAUGGUUUCCAUGCUAUUGGAAGAAGAUCAAAUGGGUUUGCUUUUGGUGAUGAAAAAGUUGUAUAUACAGGCCACAACUAUGACUCUUUAGAUGAUUCCCCAUUGUCUCAGACAUCACCUAGGGUAUUUUCACCAAGGGAUGCAACUAACAUCUUGAUUAGCAAUGAUGGGUUUGAGAGGAAUCAUCUACAUAGAAUUCACAGAAGCAAGUCAAAGAAAUUUGGAAGGACGGUAUCUCCUGUUGAACCCCAGAUGAUGUCUCCUUACAGUCAUAGAGUGGUAGGAAACAGAAAUGGAGUUCAGCGAUGGAAUAUGGGUUUCCCUGAUUGGUCAAGCCAACGGUAUUAUCAAACAGAUGGGCCUCAGAGGCAUGACAUGGGACUGUUGGAUGGUCCUGAUCUCGAUGAGUUCAGACUGCGUGAUGCAUCUGGUGCCGCUCAGCAUGCGCAUAACAUUGCUAGGCUCAAGAGAGAGAAAGCUCAGAAAUUGUUUUACAGAGCAGAUCUAGCAAUUCACAAGGCCGUGGUUUCUCUCAUGACUGCAGAAGCGAUCAAAGGUUCUUCCGAGGACUCUGAUAGCGAAGGGUAGAACAUCAAAAUUAAACAUGAGAUGACAGAAUGGAAAUGCCAAAUCCCUCAGCUUGCUGCUGUGCAGGCAGCCUAAAGAGAACUACUAUUAGACUCGACAAUGUUUUUGGUGGAAUCAGUCAGUCCGGUUCUACUUUGUCGAUAGUGGUGGCUUUUUUUUCCGUCUUUUUUACGCAGAUACGAUAGAGAAAUUCUAACAUGAGAGCCAUGAGCAGUAAGAGUGGGGAAGAAAAUCAUUGCUCCAACGACACCAGCAACGCCCCUGAUUCUUCUACUAGCGAGAUUUUUUUUUACCAGCUUGAGGUCUGUCUACUCGGUUCAAAUCGGUGCAAUCUUUGUACUGAUCCUGCAGGUUAGGGAGGGAGGGGGGGAGGGGUAUAUGAAAUUUUUGGCUGCCAAUCUCAUUGUACAGAUCUUUUUCUUUGUCCUUUGUUCUUUGUCCCCCUUAACCCCCCUCUCAGUGUUUAAGUGUUCGGUAUUAAAAGGAGCAGUUUGCCCGAAUAACACUCCACUUGGGAAAAAAGAAAAGAAAAAGAAAAAGGAAUGAUUGCCAUUUGCUGUUGAACACUAAGCUUGCUUUACUCCAUACUAGUGAUAAUACUCGGCAACCUGAUUCAACA